AUGCUGGCCGCCAGAGCAUCGGCUGCGCGCAGUGCGUCGCGCAUAGCCCGUAAUUUUGCUACCGUCGUCGACACCGCAGGCGUGAAGGUCGCGGCAGUCGACAAUGGCGAGCCGACUUCCGCCGUCACUUUUCUCGUCAAAGCCGGUAGCCGCUUUGAGAGUAAGCCCGGUGUUGCGCAUGCAUUGAAAGGCUUUGCAUUCAGGAGCACAAGCAAGCGGUCGUUUUUGGGAACUAUUCGCGAAGCUGAGCUGUACGGAGGUGUGCUUUCAUCAAGCCUGACUAGGGAACAUCUCGCUCUUACGGCGGAAUUCUUGCGGGGCGACGAGGCCUUCUUCGUGGAUCUCCUCUCGUCAUUUGUUGCCUCCGCUAAAUACACACGACACGAGCUGCACGAGUUCGUUGCGCCUGUCUGCGAGGCUGAGUCGGCAGCUGCGUUCGCCAACCCUGCCACGCGCGCUCUCGACCUCGCGCACCUGCUCGCGUUCCGCGCAGGGCUUGGCUCCUCGCCAUUCGCUUCGUCUGGUACACAUAUCUCCGAAGUGGACGUGAAAGCGUAUGCGGAUAGCGUGUUCAGCGCUGGCAACAUCGCCGUUCUCGGUACCGGCAUCGGCCCAGAGCUGCUCCAGAAGCUCGUAGACCAAUCUCUCGGCAGUGGGCUUUCCUCCUCGACAGCACCCACGUCAAGCGCGAGCGCGUACUUUGGCGGCGAGUCCCGUAUUGACGCCCAUGGUACGCCGGAGACUCUGUUCCUUGGCUUUGGCACGGUGGGCGCGCCCACUGCUGAGCUGGCAGUUCUGGCCGCGCACUUGGACCCUACACCAUCCGUGAAGUGGUCUCAGGGCCUCUCGCCUAUUGCGGCCGGCAUACCUGUUGGCACGUCUGUGAAGACGGUUCUACUGCCGUACUCGGAUGCGGCUUUGUUUGGUGUGCUUAUUCAAGGUGCAACUGCAGAGGGUGUCAAGGCUGCAGGGAAGGCUGCUGUGACUGCUCUCAAGGCUGCUGGUGAAGUUAAGGGUGAGGAGUUGCAGAAGGCAAUCAAGAAGGCUAAGUUCACCGCUGCUAGCGCGACCGAGGGACGUGACGGCCUUACUAGCGCCCUGGCUGCGAAAGUCUUCGGUGUCUCGACCAACUCUCUUGAUACCACGCUUUCGAGUCUUGAGAAGGUUGAUGCUUCUGCCUUCUCGAAGGCGACGUCUUCUCUUCUCAAGAGCAAGCCGACAUAUGUUGCAGUUGGUGAUAUCAAGGCUUUGCCUUACGCGGAUGAACUUGGGCUAUGA